AUUGAGUUGUCCUGUAGAUCAAUAUAAAAUUAGUAUGGCCACAAUAAUUUAGGAUUUUUUUUAUCUAUAAAGGAUGACUUUUCUUUCCCAAAUAUUGUAUUUAGUUUGAGCUUUCCAAUCUCCAUCUUCCUUGCCAUAAAGACAUAAUCCAGUUAAAGAUCUCAUAUAUUGUGGUUUUCUAACAAAAUUUUUUCUACUUUUGAUUGGUAAAUCAUUUAAUUGUGUGGCUUGUUACAUUAGUUUCCUUUGAUGAAUGAAUUGGUAACUAUUUUUUGUUCAUGCAGAACAGAGGUAGCAAAGCUAAGUUUUACCGUUAUAAGUUUAUUCGUGUUCCAACUCUGAUCAGAAAGCAACUUAGCCUUUCAAGGACGUGAAGUGAUGGAGGCAUUAUCAUCAAUCAUCAAAGAGAAAGUAUGGGAUCCAUACAUGGGACUCGAGGAAAAAACAGAACCCUUAGAAGUAAGAUGAAAGUGUUGAGUACUCGUAGUAAGGAUGUCAUGGCUGAAGCAAAAGACGCAGAACAACAUUCAAGUAAGAAACGGAAGACAGAGGUCGACAAUUGGCAGAGCAAGGUACAAACACUAGAGAAUAAGUUUAAAUGCUUUGAGCAAGAUGUAGAACAGAGAUCUAAGUUUUCACGCAUAGGGUUGUCGAAUCAUGCCGAUAAAAUUCACAAAGAAGUGGAAGAACUCAUAGACCAAGGUAAAUUUUCUGAGGGGAUUUUGCUUAAUAUUAAUGAAGAAAAAGUGCAGCCUUUGGUGACCACAAACAUGAAAGGCAAAGCAUUUGAGCAGAAUCUAAAGGAGGUGGUAGAGUACUCUUUGAGUGAAGUUUCUAAAAUUGGCAUUUGGGGGAUGGGGGGUGUGGGCAAAACGACCCUUGCCAAGCAUAUCCAUAACUAUCUUCUCAAAGAAUCAAGAUUCUCAGGUCAUGUUUAUUGGGUCACUGUAUCACAAGAUUUUAGCAUUACCAAAAUGCAAAGAAACAUUGCCAAAUCAUUCGGUCUAGACCUUUCAAGUGAGGAUGACGAGGAGAAGAUGGCAGCCCAAUUGUUCGAGAGUUUGAAUAGGAUUAAAAGCUUUGUGCUCAUAUUGGAUGAUGUAUGGACUCAUUUUGAUGUAAAGGAGGUAGGAAUCCCUUUGGAAACUGGUGGAGGCAAACUGAUUAUAACUAGCCGAUCAAGUGAGGUGUGUGACAGGAUUGGCUGCCAAAAGAAAGUAAAAGUAGCAACUCUUUUCAUGACUGAAUCUUGGAAAUUAUUUGUGGAAACACUCGGUCACAGUGGAGAUCUCCCAAUGGAAAUAAAAGAAAUAGCAAAAAGAAUGACAAAGAAAUGCGACGGAUUGCCGCUGGGGUUAAUUACUAUGGCUGCAAGUAUGAGAGGAGUGAAUGAUGUUUUUGAGUGGAGGGACGCAUUUGAAGAAUUCACAGAAUCUUGUAUGCAAAUGGAGAAUAUGAAUAACGAAGUGUUUUCCGUUCUCCGCUUUAGCUAUAAUCGGUUGAGGGAGCCAAGAUUACAGAAGUGUUUUCUUUAUUGUUGCUUAUUCCCUGAAGACUUCAAAAUUAAGAGAGAUGAAUUAAUUCACCUUUUUAUUGUUGAAGGAUUGCUAGUUAGGAGGAACAGCAGGGCAGCAGAAUUUGACCAAGGUCAUGCAGUAUUGAACAAACUGGAAAGGGCGUGCUUAUUAGAAAGUGUUUUGAAUGAUAAAGGAAAAAGUGUGAGGAUGCACGAUUUGGUGAGACAGAUGGCACUGCGUAUUGCAAGAGAUGAAUUUAAGUGGAUGGUGAAAGCUGGAGCACAAUUGCGUGAAUUACCAGGGGAGCAAGAAUGGUCAGAGGACCUAGACAAGGUUUCGUUGAUGGAAAAUGAUAUAAAGGAAAUUUCACAGCCCUUAUCCAAUGUACUUCCUCGUCUUACAACUUUUUCAUUGCGAGGAAAUCCUAGUUUGAGUCAAGUUGUAGAUCUUUUUUUGGUGCAGAUGCCUGGUUUACAUGUUUUGGAUCUAAGCUACACCUCAUUACAACAGCUGCCUAGUUCCGUGUCAAAUUUAGUAAGUCUCUCUGCAUUGCUACUGCGACAUUGUUGGGAACUUAGAUCUCUGCCGCCAUUGGACGAGCUCAAGAACCUCACUGAAUUGGAUCUUUUCCCCACAAAAAUCAAGGAAGUGCCCCAAGGCUUAGGAAGCUUGGUUAAUUUAAGGUGCUUGGACAUGACAAUGGAUAGAGUACAUUCAGACAUGGAAUCAUUUAACAAACCAGCUGUAGAUAUUUUAGCUAGGCUCUCUAAUCUUCAAUCCCUCUCAAUUCCUUUUGCUGUACGAGUAGAAGAUAUAAGGGGGAUGAGACAACUAGAGGUAUUUCACGGGGUGUUUGUUGAUGUUUGUAGUUUCAAUGGAUUUGUCAAACAUCGACAGUCUUGCGGGACGCCGAGUUUCUUUGAAAUUGCUUUAGAACUGAAACAAUCUUCCAAGUUGGUUCUCAAUUUUAUUCGUUAUGAUAAUAAAGUGAUUCUAAGGGACCUGGUUCUCACCGGGGACAAUGUAGAGAUGCUAUGCUAUGAUAAAAUAGAAGAAGAGCGAGAUGUGACUCUUCUACCACUGGACACUCAAGAUUUAGUAAUUGACCACUGUGAUGUUCGCACCUUCAGCAAUAGCUUUGUAGAUUCUAUUCCAUCUCUGAUUCGGUCCGAAGACUUGAGAGGAAUAACAAUUUAUAGCUGCAAAGGUAUAGAGUUCUUAAUGAGGUCAUCUAAUUGUAGCUCAAUGGGUGAAAGAAUGAUGGGAGAUCAUGAACUGACGUCUACUUGCAACCCCUUCCCGAGUCUUGAGAUAUUGUGCUUGUUUUCCUUAGAUGAAUUCAGUGGUCUUUGUAAGUUGGAUUUAGGAGAAGCUUUGCCUCCAGUUGGAACCUUUUGCCAUCUCUGCAAGCUUUAUGUUACUGGGUGUUGUAAAAUGAAGAAGCUAAUCCCUAGGUGGUUGCUGCAAUACCUACUAAAUCUGACAGUAAUUAGAGUAUGCAACUGCUGGGAAAUGGAAGAGAUAAUAACAGAGGAUGAAGAAGAACAAGCAAAGCAGUGCGCUAGCUCAGCCUCAUCAUCGUCUCCUUUUCCUUCAAAUGAAAGCCGAAGCAUCAAGGAUGAUGUGGUUGUUCUACCAAAGUUGCAGCGUGUUCAUUUAAAUUUUUUACCAAAACUCAAGAGCAUAUACAAGGGAAGAAUGACCUGUGGUUCUAUUCAGCAUAUACAAGUGUUGACUUGUGGGAAACUGAAGAGACUUCCAUUAACUCUUCCUCUUCAAAACGGGCAGCCAUCAGCUCCUCCAGCUCUUCAAGAAAUCUUCAUGGAUCAUGAAGAAGCAUGGGAUGCUUUGGAAUGGGACCAUCCUGAGUACAAAAAUGUCCUCCAUCCUUUUUUCAAACCCAAGAGGUAGAGUUAAACCUCAGCUCUCAGAGAGGAUUGCCAUAUUUCUAGGAUCGUAUCGUGGCGGAGACAAGCAGCUUAUGGGUCAUUGAUUUUUCACCAUUUUUGUAGUGACAAAUAUGUGAUCAGAGGCAACUUUAAUUUGGGAUUAAAAAAUUUGUGUGGUUUGCACCAAACUCGGAGCUCUCUUGCUUUCUAGCUUUUUCAAUUUUACUUGGUCGCUGUUACUGUAUUGAUGUCUCAGUUUAUCUUUGUUAAUUAGUGUCAUUUGGCCCGACCAACGUUAAAAAUCAUAUUUGUAGAUAAUUUUUUUAUUUAUUUCUGCUAUUAUUCUUUUGUUUUUAUAACAUCAG